AGGAGGAAGCACUAUGGGAAAGCGUGUCGCUUUUGCUGCGCGCAGCCGGGAUCGAGUCGUACUUGUGUAUUUGAGGUGAAAAUAUACUUAGAUAGAACUAGAAUGUCUGAUAACGAAGACAAUUUUGAUGAUGGAGACUUUGAUGAUGUUGAGGAAGAUGAAGGACUGGAUGACUUGGAGAACGUGGAAGAUGAAGACCAAGAAAAUGUGCAGAUCCUGCCAGCGGGAGAGGGCCAGCAAGCCAACCAGAAGAGAAUCACCACUCCUUACAUGACCAAAUACGAGAGAGCCAGAGUGCUGGGCACCCGUGCACUGCAGAUAGCGAUGUGUGCUCCAGUUAUGGUGGAGCUGGAGGGAGAAACAGACCCACUGCAGAUCGCCAUGAAGGAACUCAAGAGCCGGAAGAUUCCCAUCAUCAUCCGGAGGUACCUGCCGGACGGGAGCUACGAGGACUGGGGCUGCGAUGAGCUCAUCAUCUCCGACUGAGAUGAUCCGGUCCAAUGCGAGCUUCUGUGGAGCCAGGAUACCAAGCUGAGUGUGAACUUGCUGGAGGUGCCCAAGGGACACGUGCACUGGGCCCAUGGAGUUUGGAUUCAGAGUCCUAAAAAGUCUAUUUUCUCCCAUGCAUGGUGCAGCAGCCUCUCUACUGUAUUGUAUAGUUUACCAUAAUAAUAAGUCAUAAUGAAAAAUAGUAGUGUGCUUAAGGAACCAUCGAAACCACAUGGUUUACUGUGUCGUGUUCAUCACUGGUUUAACCUGGCUGGACCCAACAAAGUAGCCAAUGGGAAGAGAGUGUGCAGUGUUUUACAGCAUCCACUAAGACCACCCACUAUAGGUUGCAGACCUUUUUUUUUUUUUUUUGUUCCUCAUCACUAGCCCUUUAUACAUAAAUGGGAAAUGACAAGAAAUUGGGUUAUUUCAGCUGAAAUCCACCAGAGGGAGCCAAAAUGUUUUGUUUGACCUGACAGUUGAUUUGGUCAUCUUUUUAAUAACUUUCAAUAUUUUUUUUCUAAGAUCCAGAAGAUUGAUACUGCUUGUCAAGUUGUAAUAUAAAAAAAGUAGGAAUUUUAAUUA